GAGGGGGAUGCAGAGGACAUGAACAGCAGCAGAGCCAGGAUGGGAUGGGAGGGAAAGGCCUAUAAAUGUGGCGCAGGGGAGCACAGCAGCACCCAUCUCAAACCAAGACUUAGCCUCCCUCAUAAUAAUUUUUUCAUUUUUCCUUAAAAUCUCAUCAUGGAUAUCCCCAUUCAGCAUCCCUGGCACCGUCGAGCCUUCCCGCAUCGACCCUCUGACUUCUCCUUGGCAGAACCUCUCACUGAUUGGCCCCUGAUGUGGCCCUUCUCCUGGAUGCGCCCUUCGUUCACACGCUGGUUCAACUGGCACGACAAUGAACACAGUGAGAUGCGUAUGGAAAAAGAUCGCUUUGUCAUUUAUCUGGAUGUCAAGCAUUUCACCCCUGAUGAGCUGUCUGUCAAAGUCAACGAUGAGUUCAUCAUGAUACAUGCCAAACAUGAAGACAGACAGGAUGACCACGGCUUUGUGUCGAGAGAAUUUCUGAGGAAGUAUAGGCUUCCUGCCGGCAUGUCAGGUGCUGAUGUCACCUCCAGUCUGUCACAUGAUGGCAUGCUGAUGAUCACUGCGCCCCGGUCAUCUCCUGGCCCAGAGCGCACUAUUCCGAUUUCCUGUGAAGAUGAAACUAAGAAACAGAAAAUGUAGAGCACAGCCUGCUGCUCCAGUUUCACUACUAACCCCAAGUGUUGCCUGUUUUUAUAUUUAACCUGUUAGUUGGCAGUUCUAUACUUGUACGGGCAGGGUAUACACGUCUAAAAGUUUAAGUGCAAAUGCCUUCUAAUAAAGCAGCAUCUGAUGUCUAACUCACUUUUAACCUGAUGUCUCGUUAAGACAGCAGGGCUUUAAAACCAAAGGCCAUGAACAGUUAAAAAAAAGCCUAUUUGACUGGGCAGUUAAGUUUUUCAGACAGUGAGGUGAGUUGAGAGUUCAUUUAUUUUUUACAAGCCUAGAGAAUCAGUCUUUCAACAAUCCCUUUUUACGAGAACGAUUCACACCACUUGUCAUGUUAACAAUGAAGAUUAACUAAUCAUAAUUUCAAAGGCCUCACUUAUCCUCCCUCAAGCAUUUGAAUGUUAGUGUCUGUAUUGGCCCUGCACUUUAGUGACAAAAUUGUAUUUGUUUAUUGAACCCAAACAGUAGCUUGAAGUACCUAUUAAUUAUGCAGAGAAAUGCUAAAAGUCAGUUUAAGGCAGAUCAGAGGGUAAAGCAGUCAUCUCCCAACCGGAAGGCCGGUGGUUCGAAUCUCAGCGCCUGCAGUCCACAUGUCGAAGUGUCCUUAGGCAAAACACUGAACACCCAAGUUGUGCCCUGAUGGUUAGAGCCAU